AUGGGCAUUCGUCCUAGCCAUGCCGAACACAAUCCACUGAGACAGUUUGAUUCCGAGCCGCAUCACCAUCAUUCCAAACACUCGCUUAGAUUCGGCAUGUGGCAGAAAAUCCAGCAUUUCUUUGCCAAAGAUGACGCCACUCACAGCCCGAUUGAGUGUUCCGACUACGAGCAGUGGCCUCAGACCUGGGCUGACAGACAGAACUCCGCCAAACAAGAUCCCUCAACCAGACCACUCGCUGUCGGUCUCCCCCGGCAAGCAACAUUCCGACGUCAGAAUUCAGAAAGGCGAGAUCGAUUGCUCCCCAUCGAGCCUUGUCAUGCCGAGAGGAGAGCCGUUUCUUCCACCAGGCAUACGUCUAUAAGUUUACCCAGACGUCGAGCGACUUCUUCGCCACCCAAUUGGGAUUCGGCUCGGACCUCUGCACCUGCCGUCACUGGAGCUUCCAGGGCGGCUGCCGGAACUGGUGACGCCCAUAUCCAACCCAUUCCACCACCGUCGUUGGAUUCGACGCAUCCAGACGCGACAGAGGACAUCUGGUCCCAAGACGACUACCGACCUCCACGCCCUCCUUCGAGAACUUCUUCUGAUGACUCUCACUAUCCCCAAAUGCCUAUAGCCGAUGACAAGGUUGAGCUAAGGGACGAACUUGAUCACCGAUGGAUCCUCAACCUAAGCAUGCAUUUCCGGGAUAAGUCGGAUCGUGAAAAGUUCUUCGUCACUUAUGCACAGACGCCCACCUUUUGGCGGCGGGUGACCAUUUCAUGUGACUAUCGCAAUGCUGAACCGGGCUCUUUGGAGAUGGACCUCAAGGAGCUCCAGUUUCAACGGGAUAAGAGCAUGCAAAUCUAUGAAUCAAUACGUGAUUCCCUCCCCGAGAUACAAUUCUAUGACACCGUUACUAAUCUCAAGUUGGAAACCACUGACGGUCGUUUACAUGUCCACGUGACGGAGGAUGUCAACGAGAUCAUUCCAUACCCACCCAAAACUACCCUCUCUCACAUCCUCAACGAUGUAGCCUUCCGACCUAUGCAAAUCCGAGAAAGUGAGCUGGCCUUCGAUUCACACCUUUCCGGCUUUGUGUAUAAGGUUCUACACAAGGGGACAGUCUACAUCAAGAAAGAGAUCCCCGGACCGGACACGGUCGACGAAUUUCUGUAUGAAAUUAAUGCUCUGCAUGCACUCCAUGAUUCUGAUCAUGUCAUCAAGCUUGAAGCUAUUGUCCUUGAUGACACAGAAUCCGUCGUCAAAGGUCUGUUGAUCGGCUACGCGGAAAGGGGUGCGAUUGUGGAUCUACUUUACGACCACAGAGGUGCAAUCGCGUGGGAGGAUCGUAGUAGGUGGGCGGAGCAGGCAGUUCGUGGUCUCAGUGAGAUACACGAAGAAGGUUACGUUCAAGGCGAUUUCACGCUUUCCAACAUCGUCGUUGACGGCGAGGGAAAUGCCAAGAUCAUCGACAUCAACCGGAGAGGCUGCCCAGUUGGGUGGGAGCCCCCCGAGAUUGCCACCAAGAUUGCCAGCAAUCAGCGAAUUUCCAUGUACAUUGGCGAGAAAUCGGACAUCUAUCAACUCGGGAUGACUUUGUGGGCUUUGGCCAUGGAUGACGACGAGCCUGAACGACAUGUACCACCCCUGAGUGUUGAAGAAUUCCCAUCCGACGUCCCCAAGUGGUAUCAAGACAUUGUUCGGAUCUGCCUGUCCCCCCGUCCCAGGGAUCGAUUAUCUGCUAAAGAAUUGGUCGAUUUGUUCCCAUCAAGAAUACCCAGCUCCUCCGAAAAGAUCCCACCGCAUCAGCGGCCUGCCUUGAAAUUGCGAACAAUGAAGAAAUACAUCGACCCGGCUGACGCGGUUGAGCGGGACGAUAUUUUGCGGUUGAGUUCAAACAUACAGGAGUACGAGGCCCCUCCAUACUCGCCAGAGAGCUCACGGGAUGACUAUACAUUCACGUAUCCGAAGUCAUCCAACUACGAGUUUGAGAGUGAGACCUCAGGCUACGACCGACCCAGGGGCAGAAGACCACCUACCAACUAUGCACAUCUUGGAAAGAACGAGAGACAUCACUGGGAAUCUGAGGAUGAGCGGCCAACCCCAACCGAGGAUCUGGAACCGAACAUCGUGGCCAUAUCUCCGGGAAUGGAUCGAGAAUUUGAUGAGCUCGAACUGGAUGGUCAUCCUUACUUGGUUUCCCGCCGGACUUUCAAUGACGAAGAACUGAAGAUUUUAGAGGGUCCUGCACUAGGGGAGAGUGACUUUGAGGAACAAGCACACCCACAGGAAAAGGGUGCGGCUGAGGCGACUGAGGCAAUUGGACUCGCAGACAUUUUUCAUCCUCUACCAGUCCGACGCCCUUCGCUUCUUGCGACAACCUCUGCAACUUCUGAAAGUACACCUCGAAAUAGCCAGGAUCUUCUUGCUGCUUUGGCCCAGUAUCGCCCCGAAAAGUCUGGCUGUCUAGAAAGUCCGACCGCGAAAUUAGAGCAUGCCCCUAGGAACUCAGAGGACACGAUCGAAGAUCUAGGAAAUACAAUAGAGGAAAACCCGAAUAAUGCGCCGAAGUUGGGUGACAUGACCGAGAAGCCAGAGAACAAGACUGUGUAUCCCGAGGACGUAACAGAAUAUCUCCAGAAUCCCACCGGGAAUCUGGAGAUGGCGCCUAAUGAUCUGGCCGAUUCAACGGAACACCUGGAGACUUUAACGGACCUGGUGAAGUCGACAGGGAAUAUUCAGAAGGUACCUGAGCAAGUGGAUAACGCACCUGAGAAUAUAGCGAACGCGCCGGAGAAUAUUCAAAAGACACCGGAGCAAGUAGGCAACGUCCCUGGGAAUCCAAAAGACUCGACGGAGAAUAUUCAGAAGGCGUCCGAGCACACAAAAGAGACCAGUAGGAGUGCGCAUGAGCCCAUGAGCAUCGCUCCUAAGAAGCCGGGAAACACAACAGAGGCUAUUCAGCGGAAGCCCGAGCCUAUGAACAACCCCCUUCAGAAUCUGGAUAACACAACAGAGACUACCCAGAAAAUGCUCGAAAAAGUAGAGGACGCACCUGAGAAUGUGGAGAGCACCAUUGAGAAUUUCGAGAGCGCGACUGAUUUCCUUAGUCAAAACAGCGACUACAUGACUCCUGAUAAAGAGAGCGAUGCCUUACGUGUCAAGGAUAGUUCGAACUCUGUGACACCUGCCGAUGGGAAUACUAUACCUCAGAAAAUCACUGACCAAUCUCCAAGGACAGCAACAAUGAAACCUCCGAGUCUUCCAUUCAUGGACAGUGGCUACAGUGAACCCCUUGAUGCCCUUGGUAACGAUAUCUGCUUUUCUCUUAUGUCGCGAGCCACCGAGAAGCAACAACUGCUACCAAGAUGGGACAAGAUACCUGAGAUUGAGGAUAGUUUGCGGGCCGCUAAUGACCCUCGGCUUGCCAACGAGACUCUCGAUCUAGGUCAAAAUCAUGAAGCAGCCCUUCUGUUCGCAGAUAUCGGUAACGGUGAUUGUACGAUGAGCGAAACAGCCCCUCCUGCUUCGUUAAGAGAUACAGCAGGGAAAGACAGAGCGAACACUCUACCAUUAUGGAACGAGCCAUUGGCUGAGGCUGAACUGGGUGACAUGGCACAAAUAGCACGGCCGAACGAGCAACAGCACGUCGGCUGA